AGGGAACCAAUUCCCUUUAAGACUUCUAGGCACCUUCACUUAGUAAUUAUCGGAAGUAUUUUUAUAGAAAAUUGAGGAGGAGCGCAACCAUGUCGAUGUGCUGUACAAACGUGUAAAGCGUCACUGCACCUGCAGUCACUCGUCCUGUAGCUGUGCGUCGAUCACCGCCACUUUCCAGAUGACCUGCUCCUGCCCUCAGACCUGCACUUGCUCCGAAUCCGCCCCACCGCCUUACGGCUAUCCAUCAUACCCCACAGUACCCCCUGUCCUGCCUUCCACACCAGCGCCGGUCAUUAUUCCUCCAGGGCCAGCUGUCACUCCUCCAGUAUCGGCUGUCAUCCCACCAACUCCAUCCAUUAUCCCACCAGCACCGGGUGUGAUUCCACCAGUGCCAGUGGUCACUCCACCUACACCACUCAUUACACCACCAGGAGCACCGGUCAUCGUGCCACCGUCAGCGGUCGUCACCCCACCAGCACCGGUCAUCAUACCCCCAGCUCCAGUUGUUACUCCACCGUCUGGGGUUGUAGUACCACCAGCUCCAGCUGGCAUCCCACCGGCACCGGCUGUCGUACCAGGCCCCACUUAUCCGGGGACCUCUCCCUACUGCUGCAUUCUGUUUACGUGCACCGUUGGAUGCGAUUAUGGCAGCGGAGUAAGUUUUUUAUUGAGCAGCCAAAGUUAA